UUUCAGCAGGGGAGUGAGUGAGGCGCAGUUCAUCGAAACUGGCUAUCCUGUCCCGCCUUAGGAACUCUUUUUAACCCCCUCCAUUCUAAACUUAACCGAAUGGGGUGCGGAAACCUUCUCGAUUGACUCCAGUAGUCGAGACUGUUGAGUGUGUUGCGCUGAAUCCUGUGUCCAAAGGGUACUUUUCAGCUCAUUGCAUUGCAGCCACUAGAGCUGCUGCUGGAAUUUAACAGCUCUGCAAUGGCGACUCCCAGUCCCAGCACCAACUCACCAACUUCAUGCAAUUGGAGCAUUAGCGCUGCGGGAUCCAUGUUGCACCACCCGCAAAUACAGACGCAACAUUUAACGACAGUGAGCCACAUGCAGGAUUCCAGCACGUGCUGGCGGUGUCAAAAUGAAACAGGAUUUCAAAUAAAUCUGUCUGGAGUAACCCAAAGUAAACGUAAAGCACUUAAGUUAAACUUUGCUAAUCCCCCAGUCAAACCAACUGCAAGACUCCCCAUCACAGCGGCUAACCCUCCUUUCCAGAAUCCACACAUAGAGAGGCUGCGGACACACAGUAUCGAGUCGUCAGGAAAACUGAAGAUUUCUCCAGAGCAGAAUUGUGACUUCACAGCUGAGGACCUGAAGGAUCUGGGGGAGAUCGGGAGGGGAGCGUAUGGCUCAGUUAACAAGAUGGUGCAUAAACCCAGUGGUCAGAUCAUGGCCGUCAAGAGGAUUCGCUCCACUGUUGAUGAGAAGGAACAAAAACAGCUUCUCAUGGAUUUAGAUGUAGUGAUGAGGAGUAGUGACUGCCCAUAUAUCGUCCAGUUCUAUGGAGCCCUGUUCCGAGAGGGCGACUGUUGGAUAUGUAUGGAACUUAUGUCUACCUCCUUUGACAAAUUCUACAAAUAUGUAUAUUGUGCAUUAUAUGAUGUCAUUCCAGAGGAAAUAUUAGGCAAAAUUACAUUAGCAACUGUGAAAGCACUGAAUCACUUGAAAGAAAACUUAAAAAUAAUCCACAGAGACAUCAAACCAUCCAACAUUCUUCUGGAUAGAAAUAGCAAUAUCAAGCUCUGUGAUUUUGGCAUCAGUGGACAGCUGGUUGACUCCAUUGCCAAGACCAGAGAUGCUGGAUGCAGACCUUACAUGGCUCCUGAACGGAUAGACCCCAGUGCCUCUCGACAAGGCUACGAUGUCCGCUCAGAUGUUUGGAGUUUGGGUAUAACAUUGUAUGAGCUAGCUACGGGACGUUUUCCUUACCCCAAAUGGAACAGUGUGUUUGAUCAGCUGACACAGGUGGUGAAGGGAGACCCUCCUCAUCUCAGCAACUCCGAGGAGAGACAGUUUUCCCCUAAAUUCAUCCAGUUUGUCAAUCUAUGCCUUACAAAGGAUGAGUCAAAAAGGCCAAAGUACAGAGAACUGCUGAAGCACCCAUUUAUCCUGAUGUAUGAAGAGCGAGUUGUGGACGUUGCCAGUUAUGUGUGUAAAAUUCUAGAUCAAAUGCCCACCUCCCCUAGCUCUCCCAUGUAUGUUGACUGAUGGUGACCGGUCUGUUGGGUAUGAGUAUGGUCCGGCAACCAUUUGGUGUACAUACACCGGCUCACAAAACUUUUCGACCCUUAACCAAUACCCAUUUUACUGAAUUGCAAAUCCCAUUUUGAAAUUUUGAUCUCUGUGAUGGUAUAUUUCAAAACACUGAGGGCUCUAUUUUCCAGUUUUCGUGAGAGUGCUAAUUCUAAGUGCAAUUUUUGUGCCAGCGCAAGGGUGCAUGGGAGGGAGUGUUUGCGCUAACUGUGGGUGUAUGCGCACAAACUGUGGGUGUAUCGUAUGUAAAUGAAGUGGCGCAAAGCAUCAUUUGCUAUUUCCUUGAAAAAUGGGUCAUUGCGCUAAGACGUUUCAAAAUCAGGUCUUUUUUUCAGCACCGAGUCUAAACUCGGUUCCUACAUUUGCAAUUUCGAGACUCCACCAGCAGGUGGUAAUAAAGUUCAUUUCAUUUUCAAAUUCUGAAAAUAUAGUGAAACAUCAAAUUAUGUCCUUGACGAUCAGAGUUUUAGCCAACUUAUGAAACAAAAAUUUGAAAUUUAUGUUGACAUAUUGAGGUCAUGGUUUAUUUUUCAAUGAUUAUUAUUAUGUUUAUAUUUACAAUUGUGUUUAUGAUCUAAUUUGUAUUGGUAUUUUUCCACCUUGUCAUAGAGUGAUUUUUAAGUCACUGAAAAAGGUGCCAGUGAAAGUCUGAGAGGAUAAAAUGUUUGGAUUUGGAAUGAUAUAUAUACUUUUUUUUUUUUUUUUUUUUUUUUUUUAACCAUUUUAUUUCGAUUUUACUUUCAUUUUGUUUGAAGUGUAAUUUGAAUUUAGAAAUAUUUUUGGUUUAAUUUUUUUUCGUGUUUCAAUAAAUUAGUGUUUUUUUUUUUUUUUACUCCUGUUUUUAUUUUUAGUUAACGAAAAUAUAUUUUCACUGCUAGUUUUCGUCUUUGUAAUCAUUUUCGUUAACGGUAAUAACCUUGGUCAGUAGAUGAAAAUUAUUAAUAAUUCUUACAUUCCCUAUAAUUUAACAGAAUGUACAGUACAUCCAAAUCUUAACAAGAAUCACAUUUUUAUGUUUGUAAAAGGAGCGUGUCCAUAUUUCUAUUAUUUUAAUUCAUUGCAUACAGUCCAUUUACACUACCAACUGUUUUUGUUUAUAUCGCUGGUGCUGAAUAGGAAUGAACUAUAUAAUAGGACGCAGACGCUGCAGUAACCAGAGAAGAACCUCCGAAUUAAAUUGCACUUAACCCAGCCCAUUAGCACAUUGUUGACAAAUUCGCCAAACCCAUUUGUGCCUAGACUUAGCACGUGCUUUCACGAAAAAAACAAAACUUCAUUGCCAUGCCCACUGAUUUCGCUCUUAUGGCAUAGCGCUACCCUUAGCAGUAACAUUCUUAAAAAAGGGCCCUGAAUCUGAGAAUGAGUGCUUCAUUGUAUGGAAUUUGGAACCUUUAGACCGUAGUCAUUUAUUUUGCGUUUCAGUGCUUAGAAAUAAAAAUAUCAAAGAGAACAAAACAAUAGUGUACUGUAGGUUUUGAAAUGGUGUUAAAUCAGGGUUGAGGGUCUAAGUAUUUCUGCUAGGCACCAUUGUUGUACUAUCACAUAUGUACAAACACAUGAUUGUGUUUAAAGAGAAAUACUUUUUAAUAAGUCCCAAAAAAAAUGUGUGCAAAAAGGAUCAGCUCUCAUUUUAAAGCCAUGUACAAUGUGGAGUGUAAACAAGCGCUAACAAGUUUCAAAGUUCCACAAAACAGCCUUUCUCAUUUCUUUGUGUGAUGCUGCAUUUUUCUGUGUGUGAUAUCUUUUUGGAAUAUUAAUUAGCAAAACUUGAAUUUGCCCACUUAAGACCAUCAGAUCAAGCUUUGUACAUUAGUUGAUGGAACAGAUAUGAUUACCAAAAUGGCAUCACUAUGAAACAAACAAAAAUGGAAAGAAAACCACACCUAUACUGGUGUUUUGCUUCAUAUGUGUACAGAUAAUCAGCAAAUAACACCAUGCACACAUUUUACAUCAUUGUCACUCUGUCUCUCUCUCUGUUUAAUGAAUCGUUAUGCAAAGGUAUUGUUCUACAUUGAUGAAAUGUGUUUAAGUAGCUUUACUUGCUCAACAUGCAAUAUAAUGUCAUAAUGAUCCAAAUGGUUUUCACUAUAUCAAAGAGAAAUCUGCCUAGUAUACUGAAUGCUUUAGAGAUUUACAGGGCUUUUCUCAUCCACCGUGUGUAUUUAUACAGGUAUGUUCUUGGUAACAUUGUCAAACUGUAAAACAGGAAACUGCUUUUAACAAAUUUCUCAGAAGCUCGUCCUCUCAACAGACUGCCCAUAUUCCUAAAGUCACUUUUAAAGCUGUAGUUUUAGCAUGUUAUCUUUAGAUUUGGCAUGACAACUUUGAGUGUAUGGAAUGUGUCUGGGGCUCUGGCGUCGCCCUAAAAGGAUACAGUAGUUCAUUGAUAGGUCAUUUAAUUUAAAAGAUGUACUACAGUUAUCAAAACAUUUGGUGUGAAACGGUUUGAUUGUACAUUAAAGGAAUAGUUCACCCAAAAAUGAAAAUUCUCUCAUUCUUUACUCACACUCAUGCCAUCCCAGAUGUGUAUGACUUUCUUCUGCAGAACACAAAUUAAGAAUAUCUCCGCUCUGAAGGUCCAUACAAUGCAAGUGAAUGGGUGCCAAAAUUUUGACACUCCAAAAAGCACCAUAAAAGUAAUCCAUGUUUUAAGAACAAUAUUUAAGUCCUUUUUGCUUAAUUCUUCUCCAUGCCCAGUAGGGGACAGUAUGCACGAAGAAUGUGAAUCACCAAAAACAUAAGAAGAAUGUAAAAGUGAACUGUUUCACACCCACAUCAUAUUGCUUCUGAAGAUGUAGAUUUAACCACUGGAGUCUUAUGGAUUACUUUUAUGCUGACUUGUAUGUGCAUUUUGGCACCCAUUCAUUUGCAUUGUAUGGAUCAAAAGAGCUGAUAAAUUAUUCUAAAAAUCUUCAUUUGAGUUCAGCAGAUGAAAAAGUCAUACACAUCUGGGAUGGCAUAGUGUAAAUGAGAGAAUUUUCAUUUUUGGGUGAACUAUUCCUUUAAUAUGGCACCAGUUCAUGUUGAAAGUGUUUUUGAGAGCGUUUCUUAUUUUUAAAUGGAGAAAAGCUUAAAGGAAGUGCAACAUCAUAUUAGCUCAAUGGACAUCUACUUGUCAAUAGUCUUUGGUUAUUGUCAAAAGAACUUUCCAGUUUCACAGAUGGGAAAAAAUAACUUCUUAAAUGCAAUCUAAGAAUGAAUGCAAAUGGCAAAUCAUCAAAAGGUUUAGUAAUGGGAUGAAAUAAUUUUAAGGGUGAUGUGUAUUAUUAUAUUGUAUAAGAGUGGAAAAUAUGUACAGAAUAAUUAUCACUGUGAAAAUAUUUUAAGUAUAUGGUGAGAAAAGUAAUCUGUAAAAAUUGUAACAAGGAAAUGUGCAGGGAUAAUGCCGUAUAUGUUCAGGUUUGGAUAUAUUAACCUUGACAGCUUCGGGCUAUUUGUCUUAUACACGUCACAUAUUUAAUGAGGACAUCUAUGAAACAGAGUUCACAUUAUGAGUAUGAUCAGAGUAUUUGUCUGCAGGUCAGUUGUUACAAAAUUUGGAUGUGGCUGUGACUUUGUCAUAAUGCUCUGUUAAAUCUGAACACACAGAUGGGCUAAAUGCUAGAAUAAAACCAAGUACUGAACCAUU